AAUCCGUCUUUUGACAGGAGCGUUCAAGACCACGAGGCCGACAGCGAGCUUGAUUGGCCGCGUCAUUUCUGCUGCGAUCUUUCGAUAUAUAUCGAAUGGGACACGAUUGGUUGAUGCUGCUCCUUAUAUUCAAUAUGGCGUACUUAUCCUUGCGUAGAAAAUUCGCAUCAUCCAGUUAUUUCUCGAAGAUAUAUUUCUGAUCUUUCUUCGUCGUGCGUGAUGCGCUUAUUCCUCUGUAUCAUAUAGUAUAGUUUCCUAUCUACAGUGCUCGUAGAUUUUGAUUUUUGCGCGUCAAUUGCGGCGAAAUUCAAGUUUCAAGUUUCGUUUUUCAGAGGUUAUAGGCUAUUUACGAUAUAGUGUCCCAGACCGAUGAGUUAGUAUCGUACUUUCAUUCGUGAGGAUCUCUGUCGAGGUACAAUGAUAACUUGCGCGGCCAAUGGAUGUCCCUCCACCCAGACCACGAGGAUAGAUGGUAAUCCGAUAUCGUUCUACCCUUUCCCAGACGACGAUCUAAGGAAGAAUCAAUGGCUUCACAAUUGCAACUUGGCGUCUGGUAUCGUCAAUGAUAAUAAUAAACCUCUGCAUCUCUGCGAGCUGCAUUUUGAGAGAAAUAACUUCACUGCAUCGAAAGAUUUGAAGUCAAACUCCGUACCCACUCUGUUUGGUAGAAUUGAAGAACCUCCAAGGAAACUAAAUAAAGUUGAAAAAGUAUUAGAAAAAGAACCAGCGAAACAAAAAAAGUUAGAUGAACAUUCACAUACUUUAGUGACACCACCGCAGAGUCCAUUCACGCAAGAUAAUGCUGAAGAUACAACUAGUGGAAAUAAAGCAAAUGCAUCAGCUGAUGAAACAGUGGCUGUCAAUGGUUCUGCCACAUCAAGUUCUGUAUUGCAAGAGAAUCUCCAAACAAAUACUAAGACAUAUCGCUUAAUAAUACAAAUCGAUAAGAUACGAGGUAAACCAGGCCCAAAGUGUAAAAAGAUAUUGCCUUUAUUAAUGCUUAAUAAUGAUACAAAAGCGACCAACGAACAAGAAAAAAGCAAGCUUCGGCCAUUAUUUAUUAAGAAACCUUGUGUUCAAGGCAAUUGCAAGUUAAGAAGAUGUGUAUAUAAUUCAAGAUUAGCAUUUCAAUGUGAACUAUGUAAUAAAUAUUACAUUACAAAGAAAGAGGAAAUCAAAAGCUACUCUUGCACCAUAUGUAGCAAGAAUUUUCCAAAUCCACAAGCAUUAUAUAUGCAUAUUAGAAAACAUUUUACAUGUGAUAUCUGUGAGACAGAAUGCAAUUCUCAACCAAGUUAUGACAAACAUGUAAGAUUACAUGUGAGUACUGAUCCAUUAUGUCCAUACAAGUGUCACCAGUGUAAAAAGACAUUUGAAUUAAAAGAAAGUGUCAAGCAGCAUUGUUUGGAGCAUCCUAAGAUAAAAGUACAGAAAUCUCUUCUUCAAGUUUCACCUCCUCCUAUAACUACAAUAAUCUCUCCACAAAAUGAUUAUCGAUGUAUGAAUUGUAAUAUUAGUUUUAAAAGUGAUCAAGCCUACAGGAAUCAUUUAAGUUCUCAUGGAAAGAAAGAAGGCUUAAGUUGUAAUAUUAAUGAGACCAACAAAAUAAUUCCAGUGCCAAAUCCUUUAACUGGAAGUCAAAUAGGUAUUCUCCAACCAGUAAAGUUCAGCUGUCGGGUAUGUUCUAAAGAAUUUGAUAAUGUUGGAGAAGUUGACUCGCAUACAAGGAUUCAUUUGGACACUGAGGAAGGUCUUAAGUGUAACAUCUGCAAAAAAUUCUUUAAGAGCAAUGUGGCGUUUAGCGAACACUUGAAGCAACAUCUGGCACGUGCACAUCCAUGUCCAAUCUGUUCGAAAGCUUUCAUCAACAAAACUACUUUAAAAAUACACUUAAAAACGCACUCUGACUCGUAAACUUUGUAAGUUCUGUAAGUAGUAAUAAAUUUUUAUUUCGAUUAUUUUAUUA